AUGUCGAGGGCUCUGCUUCUGGCCUUGGCGGCCAUUGGAUGCUGGGCAAUCUGUGCGUCUGCUCAAUGCGCCAGUCCACUGCAGUCAUGCGACUUCUACUUCUACGGCUAUGACAAGGCCGUUCCCGUCUUAAAGCUUAAGUCUGUGCGAGAUGAGAAGGUGGUCACCACCGGCCUUCGCUGGAAGGGACCGUCCCUUUUCGUCGAGACAGCUACUACACUCGGAAACUCGACAUGCAAAGUUGUAGGCCAGAAGAAGGUCUUUUGCGACAACUACUUCUUCUUCCGUCCCCGUGGCGGUAAGAAGUCAUACGAGAAGUACAUCAACCGCUCGGAUCGUCUGGGCAUCCGUCCCGUUCCUAAGUGGAAGCUGAGGCAGUUCAGCAACCAAUGCAUCCAGUUGGGUGUCGAUUCUGCCAAGAUUAAGCUCCUGAAGGCCAAGACCCAGAACGCGUCCGUGUGGAUCAACCCCAACGACAACAACGCUGAGUUCCCGCAGAAACGGCGUUGCGUGGCUUUCAAGAUUGUCACCGCCUAA